CUUAAUUCUAUUUUCUAUUGUAACAAUAUAUAAUUUUAUACCUGUCCAAAAUUGGAGAUAUGUUACAAAUCACAACCCAGCCACGGAACCGAUUUUAUGGACGAAACCACCAAGGUUCGGUUCAGAGGAAUCCGUACCAUUGACAUUUACUGAUUUGGGCAAUUACGAACAAUAGUCAAAAUAAAACCCAGAUUAUUACCCCCGCCUCCAUUCCAUUUUUAUGCACGCCAAAAUGUGAGAGGCUAGAGACGCAAAAUAGAUGACUAGAAUCAAUAUCAUACAUUCAUUGAAUUUGACCAGGAUACGUUUGAACUCUCUUAUGGAACCCGGUAUUAACUCUCACAAUAUACUCCAUCUUCUAUCGCCUCUAAUUCAAAUAGUCCAGAAUUUUUAUUGCCUACGAAAUUGUGACAAUAACUGAUUGCCCUAGUCUGUAUAAAAUAUACAAUGAUAAUAACAUUUUGGAGAUGAAUUUACUUCGUUCAUUCACUCAUUUUUUUCAGCAACCGACCUACGUGACCGUUCUCAUAUUAUGCUUUAUAAAUCUUCUGAAUUACGCGGAUCGCUACGCCGUUGCUUCUGUUCUUGUAGACUUGGAGACCUUUUUUGGUUUGGACAACCGAUCAGCUGGUCUCAUCCAGACAGUGUUCGUAUGCUGUUACAUGCUGUUCGCUCCGAUCGCUGGUUACCUCGGGGAUAGACGCGAUCGCAAGAACAUAAUAAUAUCGGGUGUCUCCGUUUGGUGCCUCACCACCUUGGCCUCCUCCUUUGUGACAGCCUCAGGAUUUUGGGCAUUUUUACUUUUGCGAUCUCUAGUGGGUCUCGGCGAAGCCAGUUAUUCCACCGUGGCCCCCACAAUAUUUGCCGACCUUUUCCCGCCCACCAACGCCAACAAUAAUAGUAACGAUGCUAGAUUGAUUUGCCUCAGCCUUUUUUACUUCGCCAUCCCCGUGGGUAGCGGGCUAGGCUACAUAUUUUCUUCCUGGUUAGCCCACGCGACGGGCACAUGGGUUUGGGGCCUGCGAACUACACCCCUUCUCGGUGCCAUCCUCAUUAUUAUUUUCAAGGCCAAAGUCAAUAAUAUACCACCAUCUGCCAAGAGAAUGAGCGCCGAAAAUGUCGAAGGGAACGGGAAUGAUGACAAAAUUACCCCAAAUAUCGGUAUAGAUGACGUUAAGAUGGUCGAAGAUAUUUAUUCAAACGGAGAAGGAGAACCAUUGCUUGUGAUAAAUAGACAGCCAUCGUCAUCGUUCAAAAUAUUCUCCUAUACUUCACGACAAGAUUUUGUGAAUAGCUUUAUUUCUUACACUUGCCUAUGCUUACGAUCUUUAUCCACAUGGUCAAAGGACGUCAAUUAUCUUUUAUCCAUUCCCACUUUUACUAGAGUAACCUUCGGUAUAACAUGGGUAUCUUUCGUAGUUGGCGCAUUAGCUCUAUGGGCUCCUACCUUCAUGCAACUAUCCGCUAAUUCGAAGGGUAAUGUGCACCCCGUCACUGAGGAACAAAUCGGUUUGCGUUUUGGCUUAGUGACUUGUCUGGCCGGGGCCAUAGGCUUAAUAGGUGGUUCUGAGUUAGCCCGACGUUUAAAACAUCGCGUCUCUGAUUCUAACAAAUCCCGGAUAGACCCCCUUGUCUGCGGAUUCGCACUUUUAAUAGGAUCCCCAAUACUCAUGAUAGCUUUAUACCUAGCCAAAUUCACGGCCUAUUCUUAUCCUGCCUCUUGGCUGGGCUUUGCCGCAAAUUGCUCCGCUUGGAUCGCCAUAUUUUUGGCGGAGAGUCUUUUUUGCUCCUGUUGGGCGCUAGUGGUGGAUAUAACCCUUUCGGUCGUGCCCCCCGAACGUCGUUCCACCUCCCAAGCCCUGCAAAUGUUGAUCUCUCACGCCUUCGGGGAUGCCUCUAGCUCUUACAUCAUUGGCGCGGUAUCUCAAAAUUUGUUGGAUCUAUGGUUGGAAAAAUCAAAAUUACCAGCGGGCUCCACAAUUCCAUUACCCAGCUUUGCCCAAAAAUUUCGAUCACUUCAAUACGCUCUAUAUCUAACGCCUUUUGUAGGAGUUAUAGGUUCUUCAUGUUUUCUAGCCUCCGCAUUUACUAUUAACUCAGAUUUGAAUAAAUUAAUGACGGUUGACUACUAGCAUAUUAUUUUUUGUUAUCAGGGGAAAAUUAAUUAUAUUUGGUUAGUUACAUUAAUAUGUGUAUAUAUAGAAAAAAUUGUUAAUAUAUAUUUUUUUAUAAUAUUGAUAUUGUAUCAAAUAUUAUUAUCGUUAUUUUCGCAGCACUGUUUAUGGUCCGUAUUAUAUCAACC